AACAUGACUGACGAAGUGGCGAUUGUGACGAAAGCCAAAGAAAACAUCAUUUUUGCGAUGAGUGCUCUCAGCGAGCAACAAAGACUAUGCUCAAAGUAUGUUGAAGGAGGGAGCUAUCGCAAGCGAAGCAUAACCUUAUACACAAAUGCUCAUUCAAUGGAAAACCGUGUAACAUCGACAAGUGAGUAA